AAUUAACUCAGCCAUGUAUAAGCUCAACCCCAAACUCUCCUCUGAGAUGAAGAUGAAGGGGCAUGGAAUAGACUCAGAAGACAUUGGAAGGUAUUUCGAUAAUGAAGAACAAAAGAACGCUUCUACGGCUCAAGAGAGGAUGGUUAAAGAGAUGACCCACAGUAACAAGGAGUACCAGAAAGCCCUUCUGGGCAACUGGAUCGGCCAGGUUUACGACCUAUGACUGGAUAGAUGUGCCCUGUCGAUGAAGACUACUUCUGAGACUGGUGCAUCGGAUUCUGAGAAAUUUUGCUCAAGAAAUUGCUUCAGGAAGGUCGAUAAGGCAUUAAAGAUGUUUAAAGUUCGAGAAAAGCAAGUCAAUAGGCUCGUUCACCAGGAAAUGGGACUUACUGAGCAACGGAAGCAAGAGAUAGAAGCUAAAAGUUUGAGAGAUAUGUUUGAUGAUGAUAUGAUGGCUGGAAUGACCUCCAGAGAAAGUCCUUUAAUCAAUCAGCAUAUUCAGAGUCAGGGCGAGAGAAGAUAAGACAUGUAUGUUCAACCUUGAAAA